GACCUUGGCCUAUUAUCGGCAUGUCCGCUUCGAUUUCGUCGCUUCUCGAUAAACAUGGAGGCCAGCUAAACGGUCUCCCCCGUUCUCUGCGGCCGAUGCUGGAUCCGUUGAAUCACUUCCUCACCAUUGCGAUCGAUCGUCAUUUCACUCUUUGCUCCACCUCAUCACUUUUGUCUUUUGACUUCGAAGGAUUUAGGCGAUUAUGGGGAUAGAAAAUGCAGAGGCCGGCGGUGAUUCUCAUCCGAUGCGUCGACUUGUCUUCGUCUACUACGUUACCGGCCACGGGUUUGGCCAUGCCACCCGCGUUGUCGAGAUUGUAAGGCAUCUGAUUGAAGCAGGGCAUGAAGUUAAUGUGGUUACAGGUGCCCCGGAGUUUGUUUUUACAGGCGAGAUAAAGUCUUCAAAUCUGAAAAUACGAAAUGUUUUGUUGGACUGUGGGGCUGUGCAAACUGACGCUUUGACAGUGGAUCGCCUUGCCUCUUUGGAAAAGUACCGACAAACAGCUGUGAAGCCACGAGAUUUAAUUCUAGCAACUGAAGUGGAAUGGCUAAAGUCGAUCAAGGCUGAUUUAGUGGUCUCGGAUGUUGUUCCUCUUAUAUGCCGAGCUGCAGUUGAUGCCAGAAUUCGUUCUAUUUGUGUCACUAACUUCAGUUGGGAUUUUAUUUAUGCAGAAUAUAUCAUGACAGAAGGAUUUCAGCACCAUUCUAUUGUUUGGCAGAUAGCUGAAGACUAUUCUCAUUGUGAGUUUGUGAUCAGGCUUCCUGGUUAUUCCCCAAUGCCUGCUUUCAGGGAUGCUAUUGAUGUUCCACUGGUUGUCAGGAGAGUACAUAAAUCCCGAUCAGAGGUGAGAAUGGAGCUUGGAAUUGGAGAGGAUGUCAAGCUAUUAAUUUUCAACUUUGGCGGGCAACCAGCUGACUGGAAGCUUCAGGAAGAGUGGUUACCUUCUGGUUGGCUGUGCCUGGUAUGCGGUGCAUCCGAUACACAAGAGCUUCCUCCAAACUUUAUAAAAGUUAGAAAAGAUGCUUACACACCUGAUUUGAUAGCAGCAUCAGAUUGCAUGCUUGGGAAGAUUGGUUAUGGCACAUUCAGCGAAGCAUUAGCAUAUAGGCUGCCAUUUGUCUUUGUACGAAGAGAUUAUUUUAAUGAAGAGCCAUUUUUAAGGAACACGCUUGAGUAUUACGAAGGUGGUGUGGAGAUGAUCCGGAGAGAUUUUCUAGCAGGACAAUGGAUCCCUUACCUUUCUCGUGCCCUUAUGCUUCAUCCAUGUUACGAUGGUGGCAUUAAUGGGGGCGAGGUGGUUGCCCAGCUGUUGCAGGAUACUGCUGAUGGAAAGAACUGUUCACCAGUAAAGAGUGGGGCAAGACGUUUGCGUGAUGCUAUAAUUCUUGGCUUUCAACUUCAAAGAGCUCCUGGUAUAGAUAUCAGCAUUCCAGAUUGGUAUUUACUUUCUGAAAAUGAAGUAGGUCUUAAUCACACUUUACCAAAUGUUGAAAUGAAUGGAGACAUAUCUCUUACGCACGUAGGCGUUCCAAAUGUUGAAGUUCUUUAUGGUCAACUUCAUGGUCUAUCUGAUACUGUAGCUUUCUUGAAAAGCUUAUCUGCACUUAAUGAUAUUGAUUUGGGAAAGAGUUCCGACAAGCACCAGCUGAGAGAGCAGGUUGCAGCUGCUGGAAUAUUCAAUUGGGAGGAUGAAAUUUAUAUAGCUAGGGCUCCUGGAAGGUUGGAUGUAAUGGGCGGAAUAGCAGAUUAUUCAGGAAGUCUGGUUUUGCAGAUGCCAAUCAGAGAGGCAUGCCAUGUUGCUCUUCAAAGAAAUAACCCAAAUAAACAACGGCUAUGGAAACAUGCACUGGCACGGCAGAAGGCAAAAGAAAGAUUCACUCCAUUGCUCCAAAUUGUAUCAUUUGGAUCAGAAUUAAGUAACCGGGCACCGACCUUUGACAUGGACUUAUCAGAUUUUGUGGACGGUGAGCAACUGUUGUCAUAUGAGAAGGCGCAGAAGUACUUUGCAAAGGAUCCAUCCCAAAAAUGGGCUGCUUAUAUAGCUGGGACGAUUCUUGUACUAAUGGUUGAACUCGGUGUGCUGUUUACAGAUAGUAUCAGCAUACUGGUUUCUUCAGCUGUUCCAGAAGGCAAAGGUGUUUCUUCCUCUGCAGCUAUUGAGGUCGCUACCAUGUCUGCUAUUGCCGCUGCACAUGGCUUAAGCAUCGACCCGAGAGAUCUUGCAUUGCUCUGUCAAAAGGUUGAGAACCUUGUUGUUGGGGCUCCUUGUGGAGUCAUGGAUCAAAUGGCAUCUGCUUGUGGUGAAGCCAACAAGCUUCUUGCAAUGGUUUGUCAGCCUGCAGAGGUGAAGGAACUUGUCACAAUCCCCACUCACAUACGCUUUUGGGGCAUUGAUUCUGGAAUACGUCACAGUGUUGGUGGUACAGACUAUGGAUCUGUAAGAAUAGGUACUUUUAUGGGUCGGAAGAUGAUAAAGUCUUUAGCAUCUUCAUUGUUAUCCCGUUCAGUGGAGAACACAGCUGUACCCAUAGAUGUUGGUGAUAAUGAAUUGGAUGUGUUUGAAGAGGAGAAUAUUGAGCUUCUUAGGAAUGAAGCUUCUCUUAAUUAUUUGUGUAAACUCCCCACGCACAGAUAUGAGGCUGCCUAUGCAAAGAAGCUUCCAAAGUUAUUAACUGGACAAAUAUUCUUGGAGAAGUACGUUGAUCACGAUGAUACAGUCACUGUAAUUGAUCCCGGACGAAGCUAUGCAAUUAGGGCACCUACUAAACAUCCAAUCUAUGAAAAUUUCCGUGUUGAGGCAUUCAAAGCACUUCUAAGUGCAGCUACAGCAGAAGAACAACUUUCUGCUCUAGGAGAGCUAAUGUAUCAGUGUCAUUACAGCUACAGUGACUGUGGGCUUGGCUCUGACGGAACAGACAGGCUUGUAGAGUUGGUGCAAGAGAUGCAGCAUCGCAAUUCACCUAAGCAGACAAACUUAUUUGGUGCAAAAAUUACUGGAGGUGGCUCUGGUGGUUCUGUUUGUGUGAUUGGAAGGAAUAACAUUGAAAGCAGCAAAGAAAUUCUUGAGAUUCAGCAGAGGUACAAAAAUGCCACAGGCUAUCUGCCGAUUGUUUUUGAUGGGUCAUCUCCUGGUGCAGGAAAGUUUGGCUACCUUAAAGUGCGCUGCCGUCCCUCAGCAAAGAGCAGUAUGGAUUAAUAAGUUCAAUAAAAAGCUUCUAAAACCAUUCAAUCUAUUACACAGUUGAAUUUAUCUAGUACUUUAAUUGUUAUUUGCACGUCUAAAUGAAUAAGUAUUUAAUGAAACUUUGUGAUAAUCUUUUAUAAUUGCAUGUCAGUAUGUGCAUGUAAGAUACUCUAUGUUCAGUUUAUUGGAUCGUCUCUGAUUUGAACAUUUUGUACUAAUAAAGGUAAACUAUGAAAAUUAUCAUCUUUUUUUUU